UUAUAAGCAUCCUUCGCUGUUUAUUAUUGAUGCUAGAAAUUUAUCAGUUUGCAAUUGUAAACGUCGGAAGCACGAUAAAAACUAAUUCCGAUAAGAAAAUUCUGGUUUUAGUGAUAUGGAGAACUUCCAGCAGAUUAAGCUGGAAGCGCCAAAUUUCGAUCUAACGGCAACUCACUACGUUAAUGGCGGUACCGCUGCAAACACGGCAAGGAACUUCCAUGUGUAUAAUCCCGAUUAUUCGAUUGCCAAUUAUGGUUCAGAAUAUAUGAGCAAUCGAUUCUUCGAUGGACCAAAUUUAGAACAAUCAGCGGUCGAUUUUAGAAGUUACAACGAAUCUGAUCGUAGUGGCACAAUACUAACAGCCUACCCCACGUGGAACGGCUUGCAGAACAUCGGGAACGCACCUGCCAGCGUACAGACUACACCUUCCAUCUCAACCAUCAACUCCGUCAAGCCUUUCGGAUGCACUCUUUGUGGAAAAUUAUUUCCCCGGAAAAGCAACCUCUUCCAGCACCUUCGUACACACAGUGACGAACGACCCUACAGUUGCGAGGUCUGUAGUAAGGCAUUUUCCACGAACGGCGGCUUAACGCGCCAUCGCCAAACUCAUACCACUGAGCCAUCAGACGGGAAAGCUCACGAAUGCGAGAUUUGUGGCAAGAAAUUCAGCCGUAAUAAGAGCCUUGUAGAACAUGUCCGCGUUCAUCGCGGCGAACGGCCUUUAAAUUGCGAAGUCUGCGGUAAGACAUUUGCGAGAAGUGCCAGCCUAUGGACACAUCUGCUUAUACACACGAAUGAUAAGCCGUACAAGUGCACCGAAUGUGACAAAGAAUUUAACUGCAGAUCUGGCCUUAAUGUACAUAUGUCGAUUCAUACGGGUGUCUAUCGGUACAAGUGCGAUGUGUGUGAACAGGGGUUCAAUGACAGUAAUCACUUGAAGGAGCACAAGCGUAUUCAUAGCGGUGAGCGUCCGCUGAAGUGUGAUGUUUGCGAGAAAGAAUUCGGUAGAGCCGAUCGACUGAAAGCUCAUAUGCUUACCCAUACGAACGAACGGCCGUAUCAGUGCGAUAUGUGUGACAAAGCGUUCAUAACGAAAAGAUAUUUAGAGAGGCAUUCGUGUUACCGCCCCGAGGAGCAACGGCAUUUCAGUUGCGAUGUCUGCGGAAAGACGUUUUCUUGGCAGACCAGUCUAUUGGCACAUCAGCGUACACACACCAAGGAGAAGCCAUUCAAGUGCAUCGUGUGUGGCAAAGAUUUUGCCUACAGACCUAACCUUAUCGAUCAUAUGUCGCUUCAUACGGGUCGCUAUCGCCACAAGUGCGAUGUGUGUGGACGUGGCUUCAAUGCCGGUUCUCGUUUGAAGGAACACCUACGUGUUCAUAGCGGUGAGCGACCGCUCAAGUGUGACAUUUGUCACAAAGGAUUUGUAGCCAACAAUGGAUUAGUAAAGCACAUGCUUACACACAGCGGUGAAAUGGCCAAGUGCAAUAUAUGCGGGUUGGAGUUUCCGAAGUCCGGAGCAUAUAUACGUCAUACGAGGUCUCACGGAAGCGAACUACCUUUCGGUUGUGUAAUUUGCGACCAGCGGUUCCUCACCGAGCGAGGAUUGGAGCAGCAUAUUCGCGCGCACACCGUGAAAGCUUCCAGCAACAUGCAGAAAGUGUCCCCAAUCUCAAACGUCGAUUCCACAAGGCGCUACGAAUGUGAGCUUUGUGGUAGACGAUUCCUCCAGAAGGGGCACCUGGCCGAACACGUCCGCGGACAUCGCGACGAAAGACCUUUCAGCUGUGAUGUCUGUGGUAAGGCAUUUCUCCGCAGUGGUGACCUUUCGCAACAUCGUAACUCCCACACCGGUGAGCGACCGUACAAGUGCACCGAAUGUGGCAAAGAUUUUGUCCUCAAAACUAACCUAGUUAAGCAUUUGCCUCUUCAUACCGGUAACUAUCGGCACAAGUGCGAUGUGUGUGGCAAAGGAUUCAAUGGUGGUGCCCGCUUGGAGCAACACAAGCGCAUCCAUACCGGUGAACGACCGCACAAAUGUGACGUCUGUGGGAAAGGAUUUACUACAAUACAUCAAAUGACCGUUCACACACGUAUCCAUACGGACGCACGACCCUAUCAGUGUGAAAUUUGCGGGAAGAAGUUCGUUGAGAAUAACUUGCUCGUCCAUCAUACGCGAGCCCACGAUGGUAUCUACCGCUUUGAAUGCAACGUAUGUGGCAAAGGAUUCCUAGCGAAAACGCGUCUAACAGAGCACAUGCGUUCUCACAGUGGCGAAAAACCGUUCAAGUGCGAUAUAUGUGGAAAGGAUUUUGCGAUAUCCGGAGUCCUGAAACGGCAUAGGCGAACUCAUGGUACCAAGCAGUGUUUUGCUUGUGGCAUUUGUAAGCGACCAUUUCUCACUGAGCAAGGACUGAGCAGGCAUAAGUGUGAACAUGCUGGCGAUCACCCGUACCGUUGUGAGACUUGUGGAGAAGAAUUCAUCGUUCGAUACUGCCUUGAUUUACACGUACGGACGCACAUAGAGCAGAAACCGUAUGUGUGUGAUAGUGUUUGAAAAGGGUUUUCUCGGAAAUAGUCGUGCUCCAAACACUGAGAGAAUCAUGAGUGGGUUCUGCGGGGUAAAACGGAACAUGUGCUCCAUGAAGUGAAUUCUGGUUGUUCUGGGGUAAUUGUGGUUUGAUUUUAAUAGUACAUCAUUGAUUUAAAGUGUCAUGCUUUGUAGCAUUUUUGAUUCGAAACAUUCACAUUGCUUCCCGUAAAAAAAUUUUUAUCAGUGGUUCGCAAUAUUCGAUUGCCUGUACUCGGUGUACAACCAUACUUUUUAGCUAUAACGCCCCAUAUAUCAAGUAAAAUACGCUAUGUUACAUAGCACCCCAACUCGACCGAAUUGACAUUUGGUGCGCUCUUUCUUUAUUUGGUUGAUCAGCUGUUCUUUACAGAAAACCUUUAGAAACAGCUGAUCAGCCAAGUAAACAAAGUACCGCUAUGUAACGCAGCGUGUACUGCUUCAUGUGUAGGUCGCUGUCAAACACCAUAUGUUGGUAUAGUGUUGCCAGUGUCGUUGUUAACUAAAAUAAUACAAAUUUUUGUUCUGUUGGUCAGGAAACAAAUCGAUCGUGAACCGACAAAUGGGCCUAAAUAACAAAUGUACACAAACGGAGAUUCGAUUAAUUCUCGACAAACAUAUGAUUACGGCCUAAAAGCCAACUGUCA